GUGGUGACAACGACCCCGGCGAACACGAUCAGCAGCAUUCUGGACCAGUUCGUGCACUUCACGGGGCUGCCCGUGGUGGACCGCGAGGGGCACUGCGUGGGCGUCAUCUCCAACAUCGACAUCGCCAAGCACCAGCGCCGCUCCUUCAAAAGCGUCGCCGACGCGCUCGUCAAGGAAGUGAUGACAUCUCCUGCCAUUGUCAUCACGGAACAUGCCCCUGUUGCCUAUGCUGCCGGGCUCAUGCUCAAACACAAG